AUGUCCACAUCAGUACGUACAGAGUUGAUCAGCAUGUUGUCACCCGCGCGUCCCUGCUCGGCAGAUGGCGACGACGCGUCGGACCUUGCUCGAGUGCGUGGUAACGGUGACGACGAUCGAGGCGAGCCUCCGAGAAGCAAGAGGGCGCGAACACAAGAGCGUAGAGCGAUGCAGGCAUGCUUUCGAUGUCGCAAACAAAAGCUACGCUGUCUUGGUCGCCGGCCAUGUGUAAGAUGCGUCAAGGCGAACAAAGAAUGUGAUUUCGGCAAAGGGAACGCGGGCAACAUCGCUCACCCUCCGAAUGUCACCAUCGGCACUGCACAGCAACAUGAACAACAGCAUCAACAAGAGCGUAGAGCGAUGCAGGCAUGCUUUGCUUGUCGCAAACAAAAGCUACGCUGUCUUGGUGGCCGGCCAUGCGUAAGAUGCGUCAAGGCGAACAAAGAAUGUGUCUUCGGCAAACCGGGACAAGCGUCCGCCACCCCGAACUCAAGCACAAACACGAACGGGAAGGUGGUUGAGGAUGGAGAUGGGGUGGCGGCUGGAGCUAGAUUGGAGUACCUGGAAAGCCGCGUCCCCAACCUGCUGGCUGGUCUAGACGAGCCCGGCGCCAGUGGGGCCAAUGGAGCUGCCCCGACCCCUCCUCCAGCUCCGUCUUUAGCCCCGCUCGCCGCUCCAGUGGUAGCCCCCGCCACGGCUCCUGCUGCUGCUCUCCCGGCGCCCGGGCCGCCGACCUACGAUACUACAGCCUUUACGAAUACUGCUACAAUUCCUCUGCUCUCCACAACCGGUCCUCGAACGACCCAGGGGCUAGGGCAGGUGAGGUUUGGCAAUUCGCCAGAAAUCAACUUGAUCUCGCCGCAUUCCUAUUCCAGCCGACCCGAGACAAUAUCGCCAUCAAGAGAAUACGACGCAGGGUCGCGCGGAAAGCACAAGGAUAACGAGGAGGAGGCCAAGGAGAGGCUGGCUUCGGCCACCAGGGAUGGAUUUGAGCCCCCCCUUUCAGGCGCUGGUAUACCAGUCGCUGACUCGACCAAGCCAUCGGUUUGGGAGAACCGGGAAGGAUCAAAGCGGAACUCGCCUCUCCCUGACGAACAACCAGUGCACCCUGCCCCCAUGCCACAAUGGGGCGUACGAGACGAACCAGUCACCUCAGGUGUGAUCGACCUUGACACGGCCAGAACCUUGUACACCUUUUUUAUGAAUCACUGCCACCCCUUUUUGCCCAUUGUCGACAUCACCCUUCCCGACCCAUUUACCUCAGUCCAGCGCUAUCCGUCACUCUUCUCCGCAAUCUUGGCAAUCUCCGCCCGGUUCUACCUCCGUCACUCGACCACAUCGCACAUUAUCGACUCUUAUGUCCCAGCGGCCCUCGCCGAUAUAGCCGAAUCUCACCUCGCCCAUACCUUGCUCCGGAAAAGACAUACCUUGGCAGACGUGCAGGCCAUCUUGUUGCUUGCGGCUUGGGGAUUACAGAGUGGUGGAAAGGGGCCCGACGCGGACGGCUCACAGCUCGAGGCUCCGGUUGUUGAGGUGGAUGCGGCCGUGUGGCGACAAUGGAGGACGUGCUUCGAUUCCUUCCUUUCAUUCGGGUUCGGUCGACCCCAAUCCACCCAGUUCGAGUCCAUCGACGACCAAGCUUUCCUCAAAGCCCGCCUAUCUCAUCCGCUCCCCCGGCCAGGCACUCCAGCCGGCUUGUCGCUAUAUGGCGACGCGUAUAUUGCAGCGACGGCUCGAUUGGCUCACAUCGCUCGAUCAUUCGUUUUGUGGGUAGAGGAGCAAGCGCCAGUUGGGUCUCUAGACGGCCAGUCUUUGUUGUCGAUGUUGUCGAAUUUGAACGGAAGGUUAGACGACUGGUGCAAGCUUUGGGUCUGGUCCGGAUCCUCCCAUGCGCUUUAUCUCGGCGCGUCAGCACGUAUAGCCCGACUGCAGGCCGAGCACCUUCGCCUGAGCAUCAAUGCCAUGGCUCUCCGCUCGUCGACUCACAGCGACGGUCAUGAGAGCAGCGUUACAUACCUUCGCAAAGCGCUCAACGCAGCGACGAGCACGAUACAAACACAUUUCGAAUCGAGCCAGACCGAUCUCGCUCUGAGCUUUGCUACGGACCAGGUAGUCUCGCUCGACCCCGCGGUCGUCAGCCAUUACCUCACCAUGUCGGUCGACCUGCUCGAACUGGGCGACAUGUCGGAAACGCGCUUGUCGGCCUACUUUGCACGGACUAUCCGAGGAAUUUCGCGUGCCGCAGGACUCGCAAUUCGUCCUGACGAUUCCACGACUACAGCCGGUGUGGCUGGGGACGGACGAGGAGAUCAGUCUUGUGUACCCGAGCAGUCAAUGUCGCUGGUGAGCGCGGACGAUGUAGGCGACGCCGGACUCGACGACGCCGACACAUUCUGGGCGGGACAUGACCCCUUCGACUUGAGCUGCGUGCUCGGCCUGUCGGGUGUUGGUGUGGCGCAGGAUACGGAGUGGCUCGACCCGGCUCUGGGGAAUCUGGGGUCCUUCACUCGACCUGCAACGCCUUGGAAUAUGAUCUUUGGUACCGGGGAAGGAUCUGUCUGA